UGGAAUUUCCCAUUGUCGCGCACGCCGCGAGUGCCUCCUCCCUCCGGAGGUGUGCGGAGGCUUUGUAUGCCAGGUCCGAUCCGUACUGGGUGCAAUGAGAGCUCCACGCGGGCCUCGCCAUGGAAGGCUGUGACCCGCCCUUCGUCUCGGGGAAGGACAAUGGGUGCGGGCUCCCUCAGCACCAGCCGUGGACUGAACUCAACAGCACCCACCUCCCCGACCAGCCCGGUAGCAUGGAGCCGCCCGCCAGCGAGAGCCAUGGGCCCCUGGAUGGCCUGAGGCCCCCCUUCAAUGAACGCCUGGCGGAGAGCCCCACCCCGCCCGGGGCCCCCACGGCAGCCUCUGCGGCUGCUGCCACCGAGCCACUGCCGGUGGGCACCCCCGAGGUCAGCUGCAACGAGUGCGCGGCCUCCUUCGCCAGCCUGCAGAGCUACAUGGAGCAUCACUGCCCCAGCGCUCGCCCCCCGCGGCCCCUGCACCAGGACAGCGGGAGUGACAGCAGCGAAGAGGGCGAGGAGGAGAGCGAUGUGGAGAACCUGGCUGGGGAGAUCGUCUACCAGCCUGAUGGCUCGGCCUACAUUGUGGAGAGCCUGAGCCAGCUGGCCCAGAGCGCGGGGCCUGGCAUCGGGGGCAGCAGCAACAGCAGCAGCAGCAGCAGUGGGGGCAGCAGCGGGACCCUCUCCUCGCUCUUUGUGAACUCCCUGCCUGGGGCGACAGGGGAUGCCACAUGCGGGGGUGCGGUGGUGGGGGGAGCGGGAGCGGCGCCCGCCUCCUACCCGCAGAUCAUCAACACGUUCCACAUAGCCUCAUCCUUCGGGAAAUGGUUUGAGGGUCCAGAUCAGGCAUUCCCGAAUACCUCAGCCCUGGCGGGGCUCAGCCCCGUCCUGCACAGCUUCCGCGUCUUCGACGUGCGCCACAAAAGCCACCAGGAUUACCUGAACAGCGACGGCUCUGCCAAGAGCUCCUGCGUAUCCAAAGAUGUCCCCAACAAUGUGGACCUGUCCAAGUUCGACGGCUUCGUGCUCUAUGGCAAGCGGAAGCCCAUCCUCAUGUGCUUCCUCUGCAAGCUCUCCUUCGGCUAUGUGCGCUCCUUCGUCACCCACGCGGUGCACGACCACCGGAUGACCCUGAGCGAGGACGAGCGCAAGCUCCUGGGCCACAAGAACAUCUCUGCCAUCAUCCAGGGCAUCGGCAAGGACAAGGAGCCCCUCGUCAGCUUCCUGGAACCAAAAAGCAAAAACUUUCCGCACCCUUUAGUCUCCACUGCUAACCUCAUGGGCCCCGGACACAGCUUCUACGGGAAGUUCAGCGGUAUUCGGAUGGAGGGGGACGAGGUGCUCCCUACCGGGCCCCCCGCCGCCUCUAGCACUGCCGCUGCGGCCUCUGCCGGCCCUGAGCAGCCCCAGUCUGGCCUCCUGACUCCCAGCACCCUUCUGAACCUGGGCGGGCUCACCAGCUCAGUCCUGAAGACUCCCAUUACCUCAGUCCCUCUGGGGCCCCUCGCCUCCAGUCCUACCAAAUCCUCAGAGGACAAGGACUCUGGGGUGGCCGAAGGUGAGAAGCAGGACGGGGCUGACCCUGACAGCUUCUCAGAGAAGGCAGAACCCGCUGAGGAGGAGGUGGAGGAGGAGGAAGAGGAGGAGGACGACGAAGAGGUGGAGGAGGAGGAGGAGAUGGAGGAAGAAGAGGAGAUGGAGGAGGAAGAGGAGGAGGAAGACGAGGGUUGCAAAGGACUCUUUGCCAGCGAGUUGCAGGGCGAGCUGGAGGACAGGCCCCCUCGGGAGUCGGGGGCCGCGGCGGCAGGUAGUGGCAGCAAAAAGGACCUUGCUCUCUCAAACCAAAGCAUUUCUCACGCCCCCUUAAUGCCUAAUGUGCUCCAGACCCUGUCGAGGGGCACAGCUUCUACUAGUUCUAAUUCCGCUUCUUCCUUUGUUGUCUUUGACGGUGCGAACAGGAGGAAUCGUUUAAGCUUUAACAGUGAGGGCGGCAGGCCCGGUGUGGCAGAGGGCGGCCGGAGGCUGGACUUCGCCGACGAAAGUGCCAAUAAGGACAGUGCCGCAGCGCCGGAACCAAAUGAAAGCACUGAGGGCGACGAGGGGGGUUUCGUGGCCCACCCCCCACACGCCGGCUCCCUGUGUGAGCUGGGGGUGGGGGGCGAGUGCCCAGCGGGCAGCGGGGUGGAGUGCCCCAAGUGCGACACGGUCCUGGGCUCCUCGCGCUCGCUGGGCGGCCACAUGACCAUGAUGCACUCCCGCAACUCGUGCAAGACCCUCAAGUGCCCCAAGUGCAACUGGCACUACAAGUACCAGCAGACGCUGGAGGCACACAUGAAGGAGAAGCACCCGGAGCCCGGCGGCUCCUGCGUCUACUGCAAGAGCGGGCAGCCGCACCCGCGGCUGGCGCGGGGUGAGAGCUACACUUGUGGUUACAAACCUUUCCGCUGCGAGGUGUGUAACUACUCCACAACGACCAAAGGCAACCUCAGUAUUCACAUGCAGUCCGACAAGCACCUCAACAACAUGCAAAACCUGCAGAACGGUGGUGGCGAGCAGGUUUUCAGCCACUCGGCAGCCGGGGCAGCGGCGGCGGCUGCAGCGGCGGCCGCAGCGGCUGCCACCAACAUGGGCAGCUCCUGCGGGGCCCCUUCGCCCACCAAACCAAAAACCAAACCCACAUGGCGCUGCGAGGUGUGUGACUACGAGACCAACGUGGCGCGGAACCUGCGCAUCCACAUGACGAGCGAGAAGCACAUGCACAACAUGAUGCUGCUGCAGCAGAACAUGAGCCAGAUGCAGCACGGCCGCCACCUGGGCCUCAGCAGCCUGCCCGCGCCCGCUGAGGCCGAGCUCUACCAGUACUACCUGGCCCAGAACAUGAGCCUGCCCGGCCUGAAGAUGGACAGUGCCACCUCUGACAGCCCGUUUGUGAUGAGUGGCUUCCAGCUGGAUCCCGCGGGGCCCAUGGCCGCCAUGACGCCAGCUCUAGUGGGUGGUGAGCUCCCACUCGACAUGCGGCUUGGGGGCGGGCAGCUGGUGUCGGAGGAACUGAUGAACCUGGGCGAGAGCUUCAUCCAGACCAACGACCCGUCGCUGAAGCUCUUCCAGUGCGCCGUGUGCAACCGCUUUACCACUGACAACCUGGACCUGCUGGGGAUACACAUGAACGUAGAACGCAGCCUGCCCGAGGAUGAGUGGAAGGCGGUCAUGGGUGACUCAUACCAGUGCAAGCUGUGCCGCUACAACACUCAGCUCAAGGCCAACUUCCAGCUGCACUGCAAGACGGACAAGCAUGUGCAGAAGUUCCAGCUGGUGGCCCACAUCAAGGAGGGCGGCAAGGCCAAUGAAUGGCGGCUUAAGUGUGUGGCCAUCGGCAACCCUGUGCACCUCAAGUGCAACGCGUGCGACUACUACACCAACAGCCUGGAGAAGCUGCGGCUGCAUACAGUCAACUCGAGGCAUGAGGCCAGCCUGAAGCUGUAUAAGCACCUGCAGCAGCACGAGAGCGGAGUGGAGGGCGAGAGCUGCUACUACCACUGCGUCUUGUGCAACUACUCCACCAAGGCCAAGCUCAACCUCAUCCAGCACGUACGCUCCAUGAAGCACCAGCGCAGCGAGAGCCUGCGCAAGUUACAGCGGCUGCAGAAGGGCCUGCCCGAGGAAGAUGAGGACCUGGGCCAGAUCUUCACCAUCCGCCGGUGUCCCUCCACAGACCCAGAAGAAGCCAUUGAAGAUGUUGAAGGGCCCAGUGAAACGGCUGCUGAUCCGGAGGAGCUUGCAAAAGACCAAGAGAGUGGGAGUGAGAAAGACCAGACCAAGUGGACAGCCUCAUCCAGCCAGGCCGAGAAGGAGCUGCCAGAUUCUCCCGCCGCCUCCAAACGUGUCUCUUUCCCAAGCAGCUCUGAGCCUCCCCUGUCUUCGAAGCGGCCAAAACCAUCCGAGGAGACGAAAGCAGAGCAGAUGUACCAGUGUCCCUACUGCAAGUACAGCAACGCCGACGUCAACCGGCUCCGGGUGCAUGCCAUGACCCAGCACUCGGUGCAGCCCACCCUCCGUUGCCCCCUGUGCCAGGACAUGCUCAACAACAAGAUCCACCUCCAGCUGCACCUCACCCACCUCCACAGUGUGGCCCCCGACUGCGUGGAGAAGCUCAUUAUGACGGUGACCACCCCUGAAAUGGUGAUGCCCAGCAGCAUGUUCCUCCCAGUAGCUGUUCCGGAUCGAGACGGGAACUCCAGUUUGGAGGAGGCAGGAAAGCAGCCUGAGACCUCAGAGGACCUGGGGAAGAACAUCUUACCAUCAGCAAGUACAGAGCAUGGUGGGGACCUGAAAUCUUCUCCUGCCGAGCCAGGUGCCAUGAGAGAAGAAUCGGGCUUCCUGUGCUGGAAGAAGGGGUGCAACCAGGUCUUCAAAACGUCUGCUGCUCUUCAAACGCACUUCAACGAGGUGCAUGCCAAGAGGCCACAGCUGCCUGUGUCGGACCGCCACGUGUACAAGUACCGCUGUAACCAAUGCAGCCUGGCCUUCAAGACCAUCGAGAAGCUACAGCUCCAUUCUCAGUACCACGUGAUCAGGGCGGCCACCAUGUGUUGUCUUUGUCAGCGCAGUUUCCGAACUUUCCAGGCUUUGAAAAAACACCUGGAGACCAGCCACCUGGAGCUGAGCGAGGCCGACAUCCAGCAACUUUAUGGCGGCCUGCUGGCCAAUGGGGAUCUCCUGGCUAUGGGGGACCCCACCCUGGCAGAGGACCAUACCAUCAUCGUUGAGGAAGACAAGGAGGAAGAGAGUGACUUGGAAGACAAGCAGAGCCCUACGGGUAGUGACUCUGGGUCAGUACAAGAGGACUCAGGCUCAGAGCCAAAGAGAGCUUUACCUUUCAGGAAGGGCCCCAACUUCACCAUGGAGAAAUUCUUAGACCCUUCUCGCCCUUACAAGUGUACUGUCUGCAAAGAGUCUUUCACUCAGAAGAACAUCCUUCUUGUGCACUACAAUUCCGUGUCCCACUUGCAUAAGUUGAAGAGAGCCCUUCAGGAGUCGGCAACUGGUCAGCCGGAACCCACCAGCAGCCCAGACAACAAGCCUUUUAAGUGUAACACUUGCAACGUGGCCUAUAGCCAGAGCUCCACUCUGGAGAUCCACAUGAGAUCUGUGCUGCAUCAAACCAAAGCCCGAGCGGCCAAGCUGGAGGCUGCCAGUGGCAGCAGCAAUGGAACUGGGAACGGUGGUGGCUGCGGUGUCUCCUCCUUGAGCUCCUCCACACCCAGCCCUGUAAGCACCAGUGGCAGCAACACCUUUACCACUAACAACCCCAGCAGUGCAGGGCUGGCUGCCAGCUCUGGCUUACUGAGCCAGGCACCCACAGAGAGUGGAGGGAUGCCAGCCUUGGGGAAUCCCAUGGGUGCCAACAUUUCCUCCCCUUCGGAGCCCAAGGAGGCCAAUAGGAAGAAGCUGGCAGAUAUGAUUGCAUCCCGGCAGCAGCAGCAGCAACAGCAGCAGCAGCAGCAGCAACAACAACAGCAGCAACAAGCACAGACACUGGCUCAGGCACAAGCGCAAGUCCAGGCUCACCUGCAGCAGGAGCUGCAGCAACAGGCUGCCCUGAUCCAGUCCCAGCUCUUCAACCCCACUCUGCUCCCUCACUUCCCCAUGACCACUGAGACUCUGUUGCAGCUGCAGCAGCAGCAGCACCUCCUCUUCCCCUUCUACAUCCCCAGCGCCGAGUUCCAGCUAAACCCUGAGGUGAGCCUGCCCGUGACCAGCGGGGCCCUGACGCUGACGGGGACGGGCCCAGGGCUGCUGGAUGACCUGAAGGCUCAGGUUCAGCUCCCGCCACAGAGCCACCCUCAGAUCCUGCAGCAGCCACCACCACCUCAGCAGCAAAGCCAGCUGCCACUGUCCCAGAGCCACGCCACCCUCCUACAACCUGGCCUGCACCCUGAGAAGAAAAACAAACUGGUUGUCAAAGACAAGGAGAAGGAGAACCAGAGAGAGAGGGACGGUGCCGACAGCAGUGACGCCAACACGGGACCAAAAGAGUCACUGCCAGAUGCUUUGAAGGGCAAAGAGAAAAAGGAGCUGACCCCGGGGCCUGGGUCUGAGGCCUCCAUGCUCCCACCACGUAUUGCCUCUGAUGCCAGGGGAAACGCCACCAAGGCCUUGCUGGAGAACUUUGGCUUCGAGCUGGUCAUUCAGUACAAUGAGAAUAAGCAGAAGGUGCAGAAGAAGAAUGGGAAGACGGAGCAGGGUGAGAACCUGGAAAAGCUUGAAUGUGACUCGUGCGGCAAAUUGUUUUCCAACAUCCUGAUUCUCAAGAGUCACCAGGAGCACGUUCACCAGAAUUACUUUCCCUUCAAGCAGCUGGAGAGGUUUGCCAAACAGUACCGGGAGCACUACGAUAAACUGUACCCCCUGAGGCCGCAGACUCCGGAGCCUCCACCACCGCCGCCGCCGCCGCCCCCUCCACCACCACCACUGCCUGCAGCACCCCCACAGCCUGCCACUGCGCCGGCCGUGCCUGCCUCGGCUCCCCCCAUUGCUUCACCCACUAUCGCGCCCACCCAGCCCUCCGUCCCACUCACCCAGCUCUCCAUGCCCAUGGAGCUGCCCAUCUUCUCGCCACUGAUGAUGCAGACGAUGCCGCUGCAGACAUUGCCAGCUCAGCUGCCCCCUCAGCUAGGACCCGUGGAGCCUCUGCCCGCAGACCUGGCUCAGUUAUAUCAGCACCAGCUCAACCCCAGCCUGCUCCAGCAGCAGAACAAGAGGCCUCGCACCAGGAUCACGGACGACCAGCUCCGAGUCCUGCGGCAGUAUUUUGACAUUAACAACUCCCCCAGCGAAGAACAGAUUAAAGAGAUGGCAGACAAGUCCGGCCUGCCCCAGAAAGUCAUCAAACACUGGUUCCGGAACACACUCUUCAAAGAGCGGCAGCGCAACAAGGACUCCCCCUACAACUUCAGCAACCCUCCCAUCACCAGCUUGGAGGAGCUCAAGAUCGACUCCCGUCCCCCCUCGCCAGAGCCCCAGAAGCAGGAGUACUGGGGAAGCAAGAGGUCGUCGAGAACCAGGUUCACCGAUUACCAGCUGCGGGUUCUUCAGGACUUCUUCGAUGCCAACGCGUACCCAAAGGAUGAUGAGUUCGAACAACUCUCGAACUUGCUGAACCUGCCAACCCGCGUCAUAGUGGUGUGGUUCCAGAAUGCCCGCCAGAAGGCCAGGAAGAACUAUGAGAAUCAGGGAGAGGGCAAAGACGGGGAGCGGCGAGAGCUAACGAAUGACCGGUACAUUCGAACGAGCAAUCUCAACUACCAGUGUAAAAAAUGUAGCCUGGUGUUUCAGCGCAUCUUCGAUCUCAUCAAGCACCAGAAGAAGCUGUGCUACAAGGAUGAGGAUGAGGAAGGGCAGGAGGACAGUCAAAACGAGGAUUCCAUGGACGCCCUGGAGAUGCUGACUCCCACCAGCUCCUCCUGUAGCACCCCAAUGCCCUCACAGGCAUAUAGCGCCCCAGCACCCUCAGCCAACACCACAUCUUCUGCCUUCUUGCAACUCACGGCAGAAGCUGAGGAACUGGCUGUGUUCAGCUCCAAAACCGAGGCAAGUGACGAGAAACCAAAGCAGGCUGAACCUCCCAGCGCACAGGCAGUGCAAACCCAAGAAAAGCAAGGUCAACCAAAGGCAGAACUGCCCCAGCAGGACCAGGCUGAGCCCAAGGCGAACACAGCCCAGCAGAAGCUCCCACCGCUGGCAUCGGCCCCGUCGCUGCCACAGCCUCCUCCACAAGCACCUCCUCCACAGUGUCCCCUGCCCCAGUCGAGCCCCAGCCCAUCCCAGCUCUCCCACCUCCCUCUCAAGCCCCUCCACACGUCAACGCCUCAGCAGUUGGCCAACCUACCUCCUCAGCUCAUCCCCUACCAGUGUGACCAGUGCAAGCUGGCUUUCCCAUCAUUCGAGCACUGGCAGGAGCACCAGCAGCUCCACUUCCUGAGCGCACAGAACCAGUUCAUCCACCCCCAGUUUUUGGACAGGUCACUGGAUAUGCCUUUCAUGCUCUUUGACCCUAGUAACCCGCUCCUGGCAAGCCAGCUGCUCUCUGGGGCCAUCCCUCAGAUCCCGGCCAGCUCAGCCACUUCCCCAUCCACGCCCACCUCCACGAUGAACACACUCAAGAGGAAGCUGGAGGAAAAGGCCAGCGCAAGCCCUGGCGAGAAUGACAGCGGCACAGGAGGAGAGGAGCCUCAGAGAGACAAACGCUUGAGGACCACGAUCACACCUGAGCAGCUAGAAAUUCUCUACCAAAAGUACCUGCUGGACUCCAACCCCACUCGCAAGAUGUUGGAUCACAUUGCGCAUGAGGUAGGCCUGAAGAAACGUGUGGUGCAGGUCUGGUUUCAAAACACUCGGGCCCGGGAGAGGAAAGGGCAAUUCCGGGCAGUGGGCCCUGCCCAGGCCCAUAGGAGAUGCCCUUUCUGCCGAGCGCUCUUCAAAGCCAAGACGGCCUUGGAGGCUCAUAUCCGGUCCCGCCAUUGGCAUGAAGCCAAGAGAGCUGGCUAUAACCUCACUCUGUCUGCAAUGCUCUUGGACUGUGACGGAGGACUCCAGAUGAAAGGAGAUAUUUUUGAUGGAACGAGCUUUUCCCACCUUCCCCCAAGCAGUAGUGAUGGUCAAGGGGUCCCCCUGUCGCCUGUAAGUAAGACCAUGGAGUUGUCUCCCCGAACUCUUCUAAGUCCUUCUUCUAUCAAAGUGGAAGGAAUCGAAGACUUUGAAAGCCCCUCCAUGUCCUCGGUUAAUCUCAACUUUGACCAAACUAAGCUGGACAAUGACGACUGUUCCUCUGUCAACACGGCAAUCACGGACACCACCACAGGAGACGAGGGCAAUGCAGAUAAUGACAGUGCGACGGGAAUAGCAACUGAAACCAAAUCCUCUUCUGGGCCCAAUGAAGGGCUGACCAAAGCGGCCAUGAUGGCAAUGUCUGAGUAUGAAGAUCGGUUGUCUUCCGGUCUGGUCAGCCCAGCCCCGAGCUUCUACAGCAAGGAAUAUGACAAUGAAGGUACCGUGGACUACAGUGAAACCUCAAGCCUUGCAGACCCCUGCUCCCCAAGUCCUGGUGCAAGUGGGUCCGCAGGUAAAUCUGGAGACAGUGGGGAUCGGCCUGGGCAGAAACGUUUUCGCACUCAAAUGACCAAUCUGCAGCUAAAGGUCCUCAAGUCAUGCUUUAAUGACUACAGGACACCCACCAUGCUAGAGUGUGAGGUCCUGGGCAAUGACAUUGGACUGCCAAAGAGAGUUGUUCAGGUCUGGUUCCAGAAUGCCCGAGCGAAGGAAAAGAAGUCCAAGCUAAGCAUGGCCAAACAUUUUGGUAUAAACCAAACAAGUUACGAGGGACCCAAAACAGAGUGCACUUUGUGUGGCAUCAAGUACAGCGCGCGGCUGUCUGUACGUGACCAUAUCUUUUCCCAACAGCAUAUCUCCAAAGUUAAAGACACCAUUGGAAGCCAGUUGGACAAGGAAAAAGAAUACUUUGACCCAGCCACUGUACGGCAGUUGAUGGCUCAACAAGAGUUGGACCGGAUUAAAAAGGCCAAUGAGGUCCUCGGACUGGCAGCUCAGCAGCAAGGGAUGUUUGACAAUGCCCCCCUACAAGCUCUUAACCUUCCUACCGCCUACCCAGCGCUCCAGGGCAUCCCUCCCGUGUUGCUCCCUGGCCUCAACAGCCCCUCAUUGCCGGGUUUUACUCCAUCCAACACAGCUUUAACUUCUCCCAAACCGAACUUGAUGGGUCUACCCAGCACAACAGUUCCUUCCCCUGGCCUCCCCACAUCUGGAUUACCAAAUAAACCGUCCUCAGCAUCGCUGAGCUCCCCGACCCCAGCACAAGCCACCAUGGCAAUGGCCCCUCAGCAGCCCCCCGCACCGCAGCAGCAGCAGCCCCAGGUGCAACCUGCCCUGGCACCUGCAGCCCAGCUGCCACCCACACCUCAGCUCCCGCCGCAGCAGCAGCAACAGCAGCAACAGCAGCCACGGAAGGACAAAGACGGCGAGAAGGUAAAGGAAAAGGCACAUAAAGGGAAAGGGGAACCCCUGCCUGUCCCCAAGAAGGAGAAAGGAGAGGCUCCCCCAGCUGCUGCAGCCACCAUUUCCACCCCACUGCCUGCCAUGGAGUAUGCGGUAGACCCCGCGCAGCUACAGGCCCUGCAGGCAGCCUUGACUUCGGACCCCACAGCGUUGCUGACGAGCCAGUUCCUCCCUUACUUUGUACCAGGCUUCUCUCCUUAUUACGCCCCCCAGAUCCCCGGCGCCCUGCAGAGCGGGUACCUGCAGCCCAUGUACGGCAUGGAAGGCCUGUUCCCUUACAGUCCUGCCCUGUCGCAGGCCCUCAUGGGCCUGUCCCCGGGCUCCCUACUGCAGCAGUACCAGCAAUACCAGCAGAGCCUGCAGGAGGCCAUCCAGCAGCAGCAGCAGCGGCAGCUGCAACAGCAGCAACAGCAGCAGCAGCAGCAGCAAAAAGUGCAGCAGCCGCCGCCGCCGCCACCGCAGCAGCAGCAGCAGCAGCAGCCCAAAGCAAGCCAAACCCCAGUCCCCCCGGGGGCUGCUUCCCCAGACAAAGACCCUGCCAAAGAAUCCCCCAAACCAGAAGAGCAGAAAAGCGCACCCCGUGAGGUGUCCCCCCUCCUGCCGAAACCCCCCGAAGAGCCAGAAGCGGAGAGCAAGUGUGCGGACUCCCUCUACGACCCCUUCAUUGUUCCAAAGGUGCAGUACAAGUUGGUCUGCCGCAAGUGCCAGGCGGGCUUCGGCGACGAGGAGGCGGCCAGGAGCCACCUGAAGGCCCUCUGCUUCUUCGGCCAGCCUGCGGCGAACCUGCGCGAGAUGGUGCUUCACGUCCCCACGGGCAGCAGCGGCGUCGGUGGUGGCGGCGGCGGGGGCGGCGGUGGCAGCGGUGGCGGCAGCGGUGGCAGCGGCGGGAGCGGUGGCGGCGGCAGCUCGUACCACUGCCUGGCGUGCGAGAGCGCGCUGUGUGGGGAGGAAGCUCUGAGUCAACAUCUGGAGUCGGCCUUGCACAAACACAGAACAAUCACGAGAGCAGCAAGAAACGCCAAAGAGCACCCUAGUUUAUUACCUCACUCUGCCUGCUUCCCCGAUCCUAGCACCGCAUCUACCUCGCAGUCUGCCGCUCACUCAAACGACACCCCCCCACCCCCGCCGGCCGCCGCCCCCUGCUCCUCCUCGUCCUCCUCCUGCUCCUCCUCGUCCUCCUCCUCCUCUUCUUCUUCGACCUCCGCUGCCCCCCAUGCCGCCACCUCCAGGAAGUCUUGGCCGCCAGUGGUCCCCCGGGCUUCGGCCUCGAAGCCCCCUUCUUUUCCUCCUCUCUCCUCAUCUUCAACGGUUACCUCAAGUUCAUGCAGCACCUCAGGGGUUCAGCCCUCGAUGCCAACAGACGACUAUUCGGAGGAGUCUGACACGGAUCUCAGCCAAAAGUCCGACGGACCGGCGAGCCCGGUGGAGGGUCCCAAAGACCCCAGCUGCCCCAAGGACAGUGGUCUGACCAGUGUAGGAACGGACACCUUCAGAUUGUAAGCUUUGAAGAUGAACAAUACAAAAAAAAAUGAAUUUAAAUUAAAAUAACAAACCAAUUUCAAAAAUAGACUAACUGCAAUUCCAAAGCUUCUAACCAAAAAAAAAAAAAAAACAACAAAACAAACAAAAAAAAACACACAAAAAAACAAAAAACAAAAAAAAGGAAAAAAAAAAGAAAAAGCGUGGGUUGUUUUCCCAUAUACCUAUCUAUGCCGGUGAUUUUACAUUCUUGUCUUUUUUUUUUUUUAAUAUUAAAAAAAAAGAAACAACACCCUUAAUUAACCCUGUUACAUGUGUCCUUUUGAAGGUACUAUCGGUCUGGGAAAUCGAAGUCCGCAGGGCCUCCCCCAAAGUCCUUGGAGCUUAACCCCCCUUGUAUAACUGCCCCCACAUUGAUAGCACAGAGGAGCCCGGCAUGCACUCUAUGGGAAAGCAUUCCACCUCAUUACAGUUUUCAAUUUCUUGCUAUCUUAGCAUUCAGAUACCAAUGGCUUGCUAAAAGAAAAAAAGAAAUGUAAUGUCUUUUUAUUCUCAGGUCAAUCGCUCACACUUCGUUCUGUUUUUCAGAAUCAUUUAUAUAUAUAUAUUAUUUUUUUCAAUUUCGGGCUUUUUAUUUUUUGGUUUUGUUUUGUUCCAGAAAAGAUUUUUUUUUUUUUGGUUAUGUUUUGUUAACUUAAACAAAUGGGCAGAAAGUAUUUGAAAAAAAAAACAAAACACAAAAAACAAUGUGAACUGCUUUAGCUUUCUGGGGAUUUUAAGGAUAGCUUUUCUGCUGAAGCCAAUUUCAAGGGGAAAAGUUAAGCACUCCCACUUUCAGAGAGAAAAAAAAAAACCCACACACACAAAGAGUGUUGAGGACUUGUAGCUUAAAAAAAUAAGUUUUAAAAACUGACUUUCUGUAUUUAUGAUAGAUAUGACCAUUUUUGGUGUUGAGUAGAUUGUUGCAUUGGAAAUGAACUGAAGCAGUAUGGUAGAUUUAAAAGGAAAAAAAAAAACCUUUUGUGUACAUUUAGCUUUUUGUAUGGUCCAGCUGACAGCUCCUCAUUCGAUGUUGUCUUGUUCAUUCCUAGCAGAUAGAUUGCAAAAUCCGUUGAUUCGCCUAAGCUUUUCUCCCCUAUGUCCUUUAAUUCCUCCCCCUUCCCAUCCUAUAAUCUCCCACUUAAGGUAGCCACCUUCAUUUCUUAGAGGGUAGCUGCAGAAUUAUUUUAUAAAACUAAAGAAUUUCAAAGGGUUCUAGGGGUCAUUAGGAUCCUUAUGGAUUAUUUUUGGUUGGGGAGUUGAAACUUUUUAAAGGCAUAUAAUUCUAGUUACCUAUGUCUGUUAGUCUUGUGCAUUUAGUUUUUAUUUACCCUCCUGUUAGUGGUUUUUUUUUUUUUUUUCACGCUUUUCCUCCUUGUUUUGGUAGAUGCUUCAAAUAUUCUUUUCCUAAAUGAAAGCAUUUGUUUCGGUUUGUGUAAUUGGGCUGCGUGCUUUUCUUUUCUUAAAAAAAAAAAAAAGAUUUUGGUUAGGGGUUUGGUUUUAUUGUUUUGUUUCCUCUCUCAGAAAAAGAAAUUUCAUGCUUUAAAUAAAAUCCAAAGACACACCCUUUCACUGCUGAUGCAGAAAAAAGGGAAAGGGUUCUUGUUACUUGAGAAUUUGUUUCUAAUUUAAACAAACAAGACUUAGUUUAAGGAAAGAGUAAAACAAAAGAUUCCCAGGUUGUUAUGUGCUUCUUCUGCAAGCAGAGAGGCAACUAUUAAUAAUGAUUCCAUAUACCAAAAGACACAUUUUUUUACUUCAAAGUUUUGUCCUUGUGUUAGGCAGUCUGAGCGGCGAGUGAUCCAGAGCGCAGCCAACGAAGAAGCAGAUAGCAAUGUACAGAAAGCAAAAAAGGAACCGUAUGUGAGGCACUUGUGUUUACAUUAAUAUUCAUAUUCCUGUAACACAUAACACAAUGCAACACUCCCCCUUUCUCAUCUUAAACCAACGGUUUGAACUUUGAAAGGAAAAUUUUGUGCUGCUAACGUAGAUUUUUGGAGUCAAAUAUAUGCUUUGCUGUUUCACUUUCAUAUCCAAACGUCAACAGAAAAAAAAAUCUCCCUUUGCCCCCCAAAGUGUGAAAUCCUUCUCCCCUUUAUUCUCUUCCUUAUGUUUCAAAAGGGAACUUUCAAGACUGUGAAUGCAGAUUCCAUUGGCCACCUUUUAGGCUUCCUUCCCCAGUGCUGAAGCCACUCAUCAACUUUGCAAAAGACUGGAGCAUUCCAAGAUCUGAAAAUGGAUUUUUUUUUCCUUUUUUCUUUUUUAGCCGGGACUAUUUUAUUUUUAUGAAUUUGUUUUUUAGUUUAAUGAAAGAGUAGAUCCUGAACUGUUGUACAUAUUUCUAACUAGGCUGAUGCACAGUGCAAAUUCUUUAAAAAAAUUUUUUUUUAAGUAGAAAUACUAAAGAAUACCAUCUAACUAUUCAUACCAGUAUCCAGUUGUAGCAUAAGGUGUCAAAAUAAAUACGCAAAACAUUUGCUGUUUUAACAAGCUAUUCUUUUAAUAAAAAUUGUAUUUCUCCCUGUGUUUGAGAUGAACAUUUUUAAAUUUUAAAGUUGUACAGUUUUUGUUUUCCAUUAUUUUAUCUUGUUUGUAACUCUAUGAAAUAUAUAUAUAUAUUUUUUGCCAUUUAACUGUUGUAUGUUACCCUGUCUGUCUCAUAUAAAAAAGAAUUGUUUUUGUUUUUGGUUCUAUGUGAUACCAAUUAACAAUUUAACACUAGCUUUACCUGUCAAAUUCUGCUAGGUCUUUUCUGAAAACUUUGUUUCUACAAAUGAUAUUGCUUGGUAAUAGUGCAAUUUCUAUCCCUUUCCCUUCCCUCUCAACUUUAAGUUCACUUGUAAUUCUGCUAUCCUUUUUGCAAUGAAUUCUUUUCCUUCCUUCCUUCCUUUUUUUUUUUUUUUUUUUUUUUAGCUACUAUGCCAUCCUUCCUCUGCGAGGCAGAGUGACUGUCAGUGUUUGUUUCAUUAUGCCAUGCCUUGACCUGUGGGUGUAUUUGGCAACAGCAAGGUGGUUAGGUAGAUUGGCAAAAUCUACUCCCACCCACCAGUGUUCCUCAGUGAGUUAUGUGAUCGUUUUAACCUGGAGUGGGUUGUAUACUUAAUGCUUUCCUCUACAACUGUACCACCCACAUCUAAAUGCAAAGUAAGGAAAAGUCAGUCCCAGCAUUGACCCAGAAGUAGCAAAGCACUUGGUGAUGGUGAAAAUUAGAGGUCAAACAUGAACAGGAUGGAAGUUUGUGGGCUGACCUCCACCAUGGCUAUGACUAGUAUAUCAUUCACAAAGCAUGAAUCCACUAUAAUUCACAAUUGUUUGGAUUGGUCUCUUGGAGAAUUUACUCCCGUUUGCUGCAUAGUAGGUAGCUGAGUAGAAUAUCUCAACUCACUUUUAAAAUUAGUUCUUCACUUUGGUUGGUUUCUUCCCCUCCUUCCCAAAUACUCCACAUUGUGGGUUAGUGCUAGACACCAUUUAGUCAUAGGACCAAAUGACCCAAAUGGGAGUUAUGUCAUCCAUCCUUUCAUCCUUCCAAAAAGACACUUAAGAAGGAAACACACAUGGAAAAGUAUAAUAAAUAAUAAAUCUAGGAGGAUUUUUUUAAAUUAAAAGCUAUUUAAAGAGAUGAAUGUGGCCAAAGUUUUACACAAUUGAAAAUAAAGUAAAACAGACGGCAUGUGUUUAAACCUGAGUUUAUCAGGCAUGACAGGAAGUUGCAGGAGAGAGAGACAGUGACCCAAGCCAGUGCACUUGAUAUUCAUGGACAUAUAUUUUUUUUAAAUAAUAAAUUAAAUUAAACAUUUUAAAUAGAAACAUGAGUUGGUUGAUUGUUGGCGCUGAUACUGCCCACUGUGAAACAAAGCUUUGACUAGAAUUUUUUGGUUUGUUUACUUUCUUCGGGGGGGAGGGGGGCAAGUUUGGGUAGGAAAGAAAGCAUAAAUGAACGUGACCCUGAGGUGAAGAGGUAUAUGAACAGCCUUUGCAAUGUACAAAAAAAAAAAAAUUUAAAAAACAAACAAAAAAAAAACAACAAAAAAAUAGAGCAAGUGAAACCAAAAAUGAUGUUCUUGGUGUUUUUCUAUAAUGUAGUCUUGUUAGCUUUUUUGUUACUGUAACAAUGCUGAUCUCGAACUGUACCAAAAUACAUGGAGACUAACAAACAGAACCACAUGGAACUUUCAAACUGAAAAAAAAAAAUUGUCACAAAAACUUUGUUGUCAUAGUUAAGUUGAUUGUAGAUGGUAAUUGAAUAUACUCCUUUGAAAAUAUUUCAUCAAGUAUGUUUCCUGCUCAUUGUGAUACAUUAAAAAAAUAUGAGCAAAA